AUGACGGAAGACGAACACAAGGCGGGUACUCGGUUCUUUGUGCUUGAGAGGCUGUGCAAGAUUGCCGGAACGCCAGUGACUCCAGGCGAGGAGUCACACCUUUACAACCUGUACCGGGUGUUAGUUGUGAUGAGUGGGUACCUCACACUCUUGACAACAUUCAUUGGCAUUGCGAGGAAUCUUGACGACAUGGAAUAUGUCAUGGAGGCUGCAAGGCCAGGUUUCGUCAUGAUAGACCUUAUUUGGAUGCAUUUCCUCAUCAGCAUUAAGAUGAACGGAAUACGAAAUCUGCUGAGCAUGGCUAAACGUUUCACCUGGUCCGAACUACAGACUAGAGAUCCAAAUACUGGUUCGCUCACCAUGGCGGGAUGGAUCCAACGCAUCCAACCUAUGAUGUGGCGACUGAACUUUUGUGACUGGGGAACACACCUUCUCUACUUCAUCCUUAGAGGCGUUGCAGGCAAUGGCAAGCCAUUUUUCUUCAACUCGUGGUUCCCACUUGAUACAGAUGACAUCGCAUCUUACACACUGGUUAUCAUCAUGCAGGCUCUGGGUAGUGUCAUGAUUGGCACCACACUAUUCGCAGUAAUGGGUUUGUAUGUGACACUAGUGUCUGUUGGUUGCACCCAGCUGGAGAAGAUUCAAGCAGCACUGUUGGACAUUAAACAGCAUGAACCGUCUGAGAUGAACACACGCCUCGCGGAGUGUGUGACACACCAUCAGUAUGUCCUCAG